GUAAACCCGCCCCUCUUUCUGAACGCAUUAAUUUUACAACUUCGGAAGCCCCGCCACUACACUACACAAGCAAUGCUAGUGCUAGUAAUAAAUUUAAUCUUUGCAACUUGUAAACAACCUCGUCGCCAGCCUCGCAAUGCAGAGUACCCUCAAGACGACAUUGCAACAACCUGAGGUUUAUGGCCUCGAUCAAACGGUGUGUUUUGGCCAACAUCAAAUUUGUUUGAGUGGCAAACAUGAAAUAAUUCGCCCAUGAAAAAGUCAAUGCAUCAAAGAGGACAUUUAUGAGAAGAACAAAUAUUAUUGUAAAAAAAAAAAUAAUAAGAGAAGAACAAAUAUCAAACUCCAUACUUAACUACUUACGAAUGGGAAUGGUAUGAAAUAAUGCAAAAUAGAUUACUUAUGUUUCUCGUAUCAAAAUCGGGAAUUCAUUCUAAUAAUAUGAUGAAUACACGGCACUGAAAAUUGUUGUAAUUUUUUUUUUUUUUUUUUUUGUGAUUUCACUUUAAUAUAGCCAUACGACCCAAAUCCUAUUCUAGUUGAUAAAAGAAUAAAUUCUUAUAUUGAAAACUUCUUUUUAAUACACUCUAAUAUUGACCGUUUCAUAAGCCUUUCAAUCAGGCACUUGCUUCUCGCCACAUUAUAAUCAUAAUAACAUUUAAAACGAGACUGCAAAUCAAAUCACGUUCAAAAUAGAAGAGUUCAUCAAGACCACAAGAAAAUUGGAUAAUUAUCGUAAAAAAAAAAAGAUAAGGAAAUCAAAGUUGAUAGAAUAUGAUCACGGGAGAGGAUCAACGACCCUGGGCUGAUAUAUGUCCAAACCUAUUGGAUUCCAUCUACACGAGACUCCCGUCCCACGUCGACGGUACCUACUUUGGCGGUGUAUGCAAGAACUGGUACCAAGUUCACUCUCCAGUGCAGUUUCCAAUCCCCUACCAAUGGUAAUUAGCCAUACAAAAUUCUCUAGCUCCGACAUCGCGCAAGUGCGAGAGGAUAACUGGCUUUCCGUACAACUACGUCAAAUUCCACAAUGGCUUGUAGGUGUCGACAUAAAGAUCCUUGGGAGGGCAGGUGCGUGGUUGCUUAUAUAAGAGUAUGGCACUUCCUUAGGUUGCUACAAUCCUCUACUCCGAAGUCCCACAAACUACAUCGUACUUCCCAAUCCGAGAUGGCUUUUCUCUAACUACCGCCUCAAUCUUCGGGAAACUUCACCAGCAACAGUCAAGGUCGCUUUCUCAGCACUGCCCACUGCUCGUGACUGUAUGAUCCUCAUGGUGUAUGGAGACAGCUAUCUCAGCACGGUUCGUUGUAGUGACGAUUGGAUUUGGAAGACGUAUGAUUUCUCCUUGAGUGGGAAAAGUGGACAAUCUUGUCUCGGCCUAGGCUACAAAAAGGAAAGAUUCUUCUGCUUAUUUGAAAUGGGGGAUAUGUUAAUUUUCAGUGUGCACCAUAGUGAGCCGAGGAUGCUUCUAGCGGCCACUAAACCUCUGCUUUCCCAGCAACUCGAGCGAUGGGACACCUUGCGCGUUGUGGCAGUGAUGGAAAAAAUGGAUGAGGCUACAGCUGCAGAUGAUCUAUUAUUGGUGGUGACUCAUUGGGAGCGAGAUCAUGAGGCGAGUGACAAUGAUAGCUUCCGCCUUAUGGAAGCGGAGGAAAAAUUUACGGCCACGACAAAUGAUCUAUUACUGGAGAGUAAUGAUGAUGAUGAUGAUUGUGAAAUGGGGUUGGUGGAAGACGAGGACUACAAAACGAGGAUGCUGUUAGUGAAGGAUCCAUUGCCAUUGAAGAGGAAUUUCGACGGCUUUUACAUUAUCACAUUGAUUUUUUUUGCUUGUGUAUUCUAUUUUAAUCUUAUGGCAUUUGGAAGGAUAUGGACUCACAAUUAAGACUAUAUCACGUACACAAGGCGACGUGACGUGGCCUAAAAAAAGUUUUUGAGUACGAUUCCAUACUUUCUUUAAAUAUGUACUCACUUAUUUUUUAUGGUAAUGUAUUGAAAAUUGGAAUCUAAUUUCAUUUUGUGUUUUUCCUUCUUUCUAACUUCUCUUUGUUACUACUCUCUUUCUUUCAUAAUUCGUUCUAAUAUUUUGAGCUCAUAAUUCAUAUCAAAGAUCCAUGCGCAACGUAAUAAUGAAGCAGUAGUUCUUCAUUUGGAUGAAUAAAAUUAGAAUUGAUUAGAAUUUAGAAGGAAUGGGAAUGUCGAAAAACGCUCUCUAGCCCCCUCUCUCUCUAGCCCUCCUCCCUAUCUCUGACACAAUGAAAAGAGCACUGCGUUACCUUACCCCUCUCCUCUCCUCUCCUCUCCUCUAGUAACCAGCCCAGCAGUAUGAAUGAAAGGAUAAAAAGGUAAAAUGAAAAUGGCAUCUGGCAGCUGGCCUUGCGUGUUGCAGGAGCCAGCUGUCUCUCUCCCCAGGCUCACAAACCCGUUAUUUUGUCCUCUCUCUCUCUCUCUCUCUCUCUCUCUCUCGUGAAAGAUACUAUCCAUGACCAUGUAAUGUAAGUGUAUUUGCAUCGAUCGUAUGGUCACACAAUUAAAUAAAUUUUGUUGUACAAUUUCAGUCAUUUGUGGGUACGGUUUCGUUAGUGAUCGAACAAGUGCAUAUGACAAUUACGAUUACUCCUAUCUUAAUUCUAAUGAAAUCAUGGUUGUUAUGUUAGUCGUUGGUGUGCCUGAAAUACUCUCACUACUAUCAAACUAUAUAUGUAGUGCUAGCCAAUACCGGAAAUAUCACUUGUUCAACUGGCUUCUAUACAAAAUGAUGUUGUUUUGAUAAAUUCAACUUAACCAUUAUUUUGGGUAUUCAAACAUAAGGACUUGUCAUUUCGUUUCUAAUGAUGUAUUUUAUGUAAAUAAGGAUGUCGAUGUCAUUUGUUAGUUUCAAUUAUAAACGUUUAACGUUUUGAAUGAAUAUGAGGAGUUUUUUUUAUUUUGCUUGUAAUGUUGUAUUUGUUAAAGUUUGGAUGUAGCUUGUAGAAAAUUUGUAUUGAAAUAGCUUAUAUAUGUGCGUAAUUUAUUUGGAGUUAAACACUCUACUUUUCCUACAUGCAUUUUGUUAAAGUCGCCAUGCAUAAACUAGCAUUUAUCAGUUGUACUCUUAUCGAAUCAUACCACAUAUCACUUGCUAAACGGAUAUCUAAUAGUAUUAACCGUCCUUUGAAUAAAACUACUACUUCUCAUUCCAUCUCUCCGUAAUUUGUCUCAAAGAGUUCGAUACCAUAUCAUUACAAAAGUUGACGCAUGAAGAUUUGGUACUAAUGUUUAUAAACUCACCCAAUGCAUUUGGCAAAGUUGGACGCGGUUUUCAUCAAUUUCAAGUUUAUUCAUCGUAAAGAAAAUUCAAAAGCCCCUUAUUUUAUUGUUACAAGAACCGAAUCGGACUAAUGGUUGGAUCAAUGGAACUGUCAAACAAGAUGUAAUUAUAAUGGUUUGUUUGCUUGAAUGGUUAGAGAUGAGUCAAACAAUAUUUGUAACGAUUAGACAUAAAACCAUAUCACUAUCACAAUUUGACCGGUUCAAUGAUUCAGUCUGUUAACUACAAAGAAUUUGAAAAUAAAGAAUACAACGUAAACAAAGACCAUCCAACCUUGAUUAUCAUUUUUGCUUCCUCUUCUUAUUUUGUCAACCUCAUUUUUCAACUUUACGUGGUCUAUUAACUAACGAAUCGAAUGCCAAUUAUAUUCCAUUAUUUGCUUAUGUUUGAUGUUCUUUGUUCAGUAGGGUAAAGUUGAAAUUCAUGAUGGAUUUGUCAUAAAAGAGUUACUACUACGUGAACCAUUUGUAGUUCAUUCCCAUUUAGUAUGUAAUAAUAGCUGUAUAAUAAUUACAUAAAUUACAAGAACUUUAUAAUAAGCAUUUUUUACGUUU